AGUAUACGUAUAUACGAAAAUUAGUCAUUCAAUUUUUCAUCAAAAUUAGGGUUCUUAUUUAGGAGAUAGCAACUUCUAAUUGCAAUCACCAGGUUUAGUGGCUGUGGCUUGUUAGCAAAAUAUGUCAAAUCUUAUUUUCAUUCCUCAUCCUAUUUCCCCAGUGUCGACUCCAAAAUCUGUUGCCAAAAACACUCAUAGAGUACUAAUUAAUCGGAGAUUGCCCAGUAGAGUUUCUGUUAAAGCUUUCUUCUUCAACCCAUCUGAUGAACGAAUUCUCAAGGAAGCAAUCAAGGAACCAGUGGCAUUCAUGGGCGGAAUGUUUGCAGGCUUUCUUAAGCUGAACUUAAAUGAAGAGCCCCUUAAGGAGUGGAUAAAUAGAACAGUUGAAGCUUCUGGUAUCACAGAAGAAGAGAUCGAGGCUCAAGGAGCAAACAGCGAAGAAGAGGAAGCUCCUCAACAGAUUGAUAUCGAAUGAUACGUUCGAUAAUUGUAUUGUACAUUCUGCAUUCGACAUACUGAAAAUAGUAAGAUACUUGUAUGGAGGGACAAUCAGACCUGAAAAUUACUCCUGCUGAUGUGAUAAUUUGUUGCACAUUCUGCAGUCAUAGGUGUAUCAUUCUUGUUGUAGUUGUUACUCUUUGGUUCAUAUUUGAGUUGUAUGGUGGAAGGGUAAAAUUGUCACAAGGGUAAAAGGAAAAGUUGUCGAAUAUUGAUAACUUGACAUGCAUUUCAUCAA